GGGAGCUCGCGGCAGCAGGUGAGAGCUCUGCAUCAGAGAUACGCAGAGCUGAGGAAGUAGCGGAGUAGAGAGGAGCAGAGCCAUGGGAAAGCUGCAGGAAUUUGAUAUUACUUUUACCAACAACAAGGUGGUUUACGGUCCGGGGGAGUCUAUAAGCGGGAAGGUGAAGAUACGAACCACCGAGUCGCUGCAAUUCAAAGCCAUCAAGGUCAACUGUCAUGGCUCCUGUGGGGUCUCCAACACAGCAAACAGCACAACAUAUAAUGUGGAGGAACAGUACUUAAACAGCACGCUGUCUGUUGCUGAGAAAGGUGUCCUGGGAGUGGGCGAACACAGUUUCCCGUUCCAGUUUGUCAUUCCAGCUGCUGUCCCAACUUCCUUUGAGGGACCCUUUGGGAAAAUAGUUUACCGAGUGAAGGUGACUAUUGAUACGCCACGCUUCUCCAAGGACUACAAAAUCCAGAAGCCCUUCUACCUACUCAACAUGCUUAACCUCAAUGAGGUUCCAGACAUUGCUUAUCACAGUUCUGUUGUGGCCACCAAGAAGUUCAACUACCUCCUGGUGAAGUCGGGGACUGUGAUGCUGAAAGUUGGCAGUGACAUGAAGGGUUACAUCCCCGGUCAGGUCAUCAAGUUAUUGACGGAGAUCCACAACAAAUCUGGCAAGGACACGGGGUGUGUACUGGCCAGUCUCAUACAGAGAGUGACCUACAAGACUCACAAGCCUGUGGUAGACCUACGGACCAUUGCAGAGGUGGAGGGAGCCAAAGUGAAGGCAGGAAAACAUGCAGAGUGGAAGGAACAGAUCAUCGUUCCUCCACUCCCUCAGUCACAACUGACAGGCUGCAACCUUAUAGACAUCAUCUAUUUCAUUCAGGUGUCACUAAGAUAUCCUGAAGCAGCUGUCACUCUACCUAUCUACAUCGGGAACAUCGCUUUAAACCAGUCUCCAACGAGGUCUACACCAACCAGUCCAGUGCGUGCAGCAGGGGUGAUGCCCAGCGCUCCACCAGCGGAGGAGGAUCCAGGCGAUGAUUUAUGUGCAGGAGGCUUUACCAGUGAGGAACUUCCCACAAAGAGUCACUCACAGCAGGAUCCCUCAGGCCAGGCAGUCACAAUGUCUCCCAGCGCCUUCAGCUACGCACCGGGUGCGGCGGCGGCGCCUAGCCACAAUCACCCCAACGCAUCUGCUCCCCUCUUCUGUUUGUCCACUGGAGCCACCAUACCUUUCUUCACUGAGGGAAAUGUUGCUCCAACCCCCACAUCCUGUUCACUCAUUCUCCCUCCAGAGUACAGCACUUCUGACUACCCUCACGAGCCCCCACCUAGUUAUGAGGAAAGCUGCAGUAGUGCCGACUCCAGUUUCAACAGUAGACAGUAGAGAAGAAACAGGUGGAUGAAGAAUUGUGACCACUCCCACCUACACCUGUUUGCACUCGCCUCAAAACGAAUCCAGAGACAAGCUGGAUGAAAAGAGGAUGGAUGCUUCAAACUCCCCAAAGAUUGAUUCUUUGUCCUGCAAUGAGUUUUUAAAAAAGGGAUCAUUUCUUAUAAUGAAUAUAAUAAUUAAAAUUUUUCCUCAUGUCCCAGCAGAUAAUGUCAGGUGAACAUCACUGUGCCUAAAAAAAAAAGAAAAGAAGUAUUUCACAUUGUUAUACAGCAUUUAGAAUAAUCAGUCGUUGGACACGUCUGUUGUUUUUAUUUCCAACAUGUUGUUGCAUCUGUGAUGCCUUGAAACUAAUGCUGGUCACCGAAGACUUGAGACAGAUGAAAGCUUACAGUCUGGCCUUUUUGUGUUGGUGGUAGGGGGUCCAGACAUGCGCUUGUUAGUGUGGUUCGCUGUUGUUUGUACACGUCUCACCUGUCCUCGUCAUCGUGCAGGCAGAGCUGCCUCCAUCAUGGGUAUAAAGAGAGGAAUACACAGUCACAGGUGAUGCCUGUGAUAACAGCUCCUUUUCAUAGCAAAAUCUUUUUUUUAAAAUGCCCAUAAUGGUUAUAAAGAGAAGUGGGUCCUUAGGGAAACCACUCAGCUGAUUAACUGAUUAAAAUAAUUAAAGGAACAAAUUCAGUUCAUUCAGUAGUUUUCCUCUGGUCUGUUGUGCUGUUUGUUUCUUUUUUAAAAUCUAGAUCAUCUUGAGUUAAUCGAUUUCAGAUAUCCUUGUUAUGGAGCUAGAUGGAAUUUUGAAAAUAAUACAUUUCAAUAGGUCAUCAGCAAUCAUGAGCCAGUUUCUCAAAAAAAAAAAAAAAAUCAUAAACCUUUUAUUCUACUGCCAUCAUUCCUCUGUCAACGUUUGCCAACCAUAUCCUUCUGCAGAAGUAGGCAUCCAACAACAAAUGACAAGAGGCUGACAAUGUAAUCAUUAAAAGCCUCCACAACAGCUGAGCUGCUUCUUUUCUUUGGCAGUUGUUGAUAAUGGAAAUAAAGUAGUUCCUAAAUGAAACUGCUUAUGACAAAAUCAGGGUAUUUUGUUGCAUUACCAGGUCAUGAUGUAGCUAUUCCUUAUGUUUUGGGCUUUUAUGGGCUGUUUGGUCCAUGUACAACUGUAGAGAGAGCUUGGUUUGCACUGCUGGCAGUAAUUCAGAUGUGUUCUCGAUGGGUUUUGGCUGCCCUUCUUCACAGAUUCUGUUCAUAACCUUUAUUAAUUUAUAAAUCCAUCCAAGUGGUGGAGGGUUUCUAGUUUGGUGACCUCUGGCUCACAGUGAGGCACUUUGCAUCAGGACUGAGGACAUGGUUCUCAGUCGGAAAAGGGUACAGUGUGCACUCUGGGUCGGGGAGGGGUUUAAGUGUCCCGGGUGUUGAACUGACAAUUGAGGGAAAGGGGAGCGGGUGAUUGAUAGACAGAUGUGUGUGGUACGGGCUGUACCAGUCUGUUUUAAGGAAGAGAGAUCUGAGCAUAAAAAUGAAGUCGUCAAUUUACCAGUUAAUCUACAUUCUCCCCCUCGCCUGUGGUCAUGAGCUGUGGGUAGUAAACCAAAGAAUGAGAUAACAGAUAUUUGAAAGGUGUCUGGGAUGAGGAGCUCACAUCGCAAAGAGUCAGUCGAGGUAGUUCUGGCUUUUUUUUUUUCUUUUUCUUUUUCUUUUUACAAUGUCCUACUGGAAAGAUGCCCCCAUGGUGGAACCUGAACACGCUGGAGAGAUUGCAUUGCUCAGCUGGUUGGGAACACAAUGAAGAACCCAAUGACAGGCAAGUGUGGGUGUCUCUGGGUAACCUGAACUCAGAUGAGCUUCAGAAAAAGCAUGCAUGGAUAUUUUCCUUUGUUUGUUUUUUUUUUUCUUUUUGUGUGUGUCUUUUAGCUCCAAAGGUGCCGUGGCAUUCAGUUCCACUAUAUCCAAGAGUAGGCAGACAGCUGCAGAGCUGAUAUGUUGGAAACUGGGAAACUCACACCAAAUCAAUAUCGAUGGAUAAACAGCACUACAGACCAGAGGAAAAUUAAAUGCAAAUUAGAUUUUAAGAGGAAAAGUUCUUUUAAUCAAAAGCGCUUCCAAUGCAGUCAAACUAUCGUAUUAUUUAUUAUAUGUUUUAUUUCAUUACUUCUCCCUUGCAUUGGCUCCUUAAGAUAUUUUUCUUGCCUUACCACUUUUGUAUUCAGAGGGCAGCCUUAUUUUCCCUGUGGCUGGUUAUGAGGACUGCAGUACCGAAAGUCGUUGUCUGCCCCCUUGUGGGUAAUACCGGUACAGGCUUUAUCUCUUUUGAGCCUGCUCUUGAAACUGGAGACUAAUAUGACCGGCCACGUUAACUGACCCACCUAACUUAGUCCUUGUUUCUGUCAUUCACCAGCUGAGGUCUGCUCUAAAAAUGUAUUUCUUUCUUUUCUGUUGAGAAGAACUUAUAAACUGAGGUUGAAGAUGCAUGUGGUUUGCAUCAUGAUGAUUUAUUUUAUUCUUCCCCUCUUUGUUGCCUUAAAUUUCUUCUGGUGAUUUGAGUGUUUCAGUCAGUGCAGAUGGUGACACACAUCUGAACAGCUCAGCACUUCAUUUACUCUGUGCGUGUGUGUGUGUGUGUGUGUGUGAGUGAGAGAGAGAGAGAAAGUAAAAUGCAGUUUAACCUCAAUCACACUUGAGUUCGAGCCGAUUUCUGAUCCAACAUCUGUAAAAGUGGAGAUAUUUUCCUUUUUUGUCCAUUUCUGCUUGUGGUCAGCAGUGGGUUUUAACUCUAUUGUAUUUUGUGUUGUUGUACCAUAAUAUGAUCUCAGCAGUGCACAAAUGUCUGCUAUUUUCUGUUGUAUGUAUAGAUAUUUGUUCACCAAACCUUUUGUUUUGCACGUAUAAAAACUCUUUUCUCAUUUCAUUCAUAACAGCAAAAUAGACUUCAGUGCUGCAGUUCCACGUAGUUGCAUACAUUUGUCAUAUUGUGUCAUAUAUUGAUGACAAAAAAAAAUUCAGCCACAUCCUCCAGGCAUAGUAAUGCCUAAUGCCCCUGAAAAUCUGAAGCACAACAUCUGCACUGAAUGUUUGUGUGACUCUUCGUGUGUUUUCGUCUUAUCUUGCCACUCCGCUUCAAAUCACUGCACGAGUUUCUGAUAGCAGAAAUCUUGUGGCUCUGCAUUAUUGUGAAAGCAUGCCUUAAACAAUCUGGAUACCCUUCAACAUUUAUAUCAGCCUGUGGUGGACUACCUUCUUCUUCUCUAUGAGGACAUCAGGACAUGCUCCUCCUACUUUGUCUCCGGCGGACUGUGCAAAGUGCAUUUGAUGUACACAGAUGUAGCUUUCAAAAACAGUAAGACACUGGACUUUUUAGACCUGCUGAACUCUGUUUUUAACUCUUUGUUUUAGAAAAAAAAAACUUGUGCAAUUCCUUCUUUCUGAAGUCAUUUCACGCUGCCUUUACCAGCCCUCAUUCUGUUCAAAUCCUCUUCACCAAAAGGUACUAUAGCUUUAUGAAACCCCUCAUAUUAUGUUAUCUUUUCAUCCCCCUCCCCUCACAUAUUGAUGAGUGGUGUCCAGUUUUGUAUUUUUCUACUAUAUGAGCUGUUUACAGGUGCAGUGUGGAUAUACUAAUAGUUGCACCUCAACCAUUACGUGUACAGUUUCAGCUUACAGUGCAGAAUCAAAGCUGUACUGCAUAGAAUGACAAUAAAGUUAUAUGACAUGUCUUUUGAUCUUUA